UGUGAGGGCCCCGCGGUGGACAUCCCAGCUCCAAGAGCCCGCAAUACACAAGCAAUGUCCCCGCCACCCCUGCUGCUGUGUGCAGCCCUUGGGGUGCUGCUGCUGCCACCAGCCCCCACUGCAGCAGCUGCCCUUCCGCAGUUCAGCACUUUUCAUGCCGAGACCCGGGAUUGGACCUUCAACCACCUGACGGUGCAUCGUGGGACGGGUGCCGUCUAUGUGGGUGCUGUAAACCGGGUGUACAAACUGGCAGACAACCUGACGCUUCAGGUGGCCCACAAGACGGGGCCUGAGGAGGAUAGCAAAGCCUGCUAUCCGCCACUCAUUGUGCAGCCUUGCACGGAAACACUGACACUCACCAACAAUGUCAACAAGCUGCUACUCAUUGAUUACCCCGAGGAGCGCCUGCUGGCCUGCGGCAGCCUGUACCAGGGUGUGUGCAAGCUGCUGCGGCUGGCCGACCUCUUCACACUGGGCGAGCCCACGCACAAGAAGGAGCACUACCUGUCCAGCGUCAACCGCACAGGCACCAUGUUUGGCGUGAUCGUGCGUGCACGCGGCCACGACGGCACACUCUUCAUCGGCACGGCUGUGGACGGCAAGCAGGACUACUUCCCCACGCUGUCCAGCCGCAAGCUGCCACGCGACCCUGAGUCGGCUGCAAUGUUGGACUACGAGCUGCACAGUGACUUCGUGUCGUCACUCAUAAAGAUCCCAUCGGACACGCUGGCGCUCGUGGCGCACUUCGACAUCUUCUACAUCUACGGCUUUGCCAGUGGCGGCUUCGUCUAUUUCCUCACGGUGCAGCCGGAGACCCCUGAGGGUGGCCCCCUCGGCACAGCCGGCGACCUUUUCUACACAUCCCGCAUUGUGCGCCUGUGCCAGGAUGACCCCAAGUUCCACUCGUAUGUGUCGCUGCCCUUUGGUUGCACGCGCGCUGGCGUGGAGUACCGGCUACUGCAGGCUGCCUACUUGGCCAAGCCGGGAACUGCGCUGGCCCAGGCCUUCAACAUCAGCAGCCAUGAAGAUGUGCUCUUUGCUGUGUUCUCCAAGGGCCAGAAACAGUACCACCAGCCACCUGACGACUCUGCACUCUGUGCCUUCCCACUGCGUGCUGUCAACCAGCGCAUCACAGAGCGGCUACGCUCCUGCUACCAGGGCGAGGGCCACCUGGAGCUUAGCUGGCUUCUGGGCAAAGACGUGCAGUGCACCAAGGCGCCAGUGCCCAUUGACGAUGACUUCUGUGGCCUUGACAUCAACCAGCCACUGGGAGGGUCCACACCUGUGGAGGGGCUGCCCCUCUACACCACCAGCCACGACCGCCUCACCUCCGUGGCCGCCUACGUGUACAACAGCCACAGCGUGGUCUUCCUGGGCACCCAGAGUGGCAAACUGAAGAAGAUCCGGGCUGAUGGGCCACCACAUGGAGGUGUCCAGUAUGAGACAGUAUCGGUGCUCAAGGACCGCAGCCCCAUCCUGAGGGACAUGGCCUUCUCCAUCGACCAGCGCUACCUCUACGUUAUGUCUGAGCACCAGGUGACACGGGUACCGGUGGAGGCAUGUGAGCAGUAUACUACGUGUGUGGAGUGCCUAAGUGCGGGGGACCCCCAUUGUGGUUGGUGCUCCCUGCACAGCAUGUGCUCCCGCAGGGACCAUUGUCCACGUGCCUGGGAGCCCUACCGCUUCGCAGCCAGCCUCAGCCAAUGUGUGCGGCUCCAAGUGGAGCCCAGCAGCAUCUCUGUGUCUGAGCAGCGCCGAAUGCUAUCCCUAGUGGUCAGUGAUGCCCCAAGUCUCUCCGUGGGGGUCUCCUGUGCCUUUGGGAACCUGACAGAGGUGGAGGGGCAAGUGGAUGGAAGCCGGGUGCUCUGCAUCUCGCCUGGGCCCAGGGACGUGCCUGUCAUUCCGCUGGACCAAGAUUGGUACGGGGUGGAGCUUCAGCUGAAGUCCAAGGAGACCGGGCGGAUAUUCGUCAGCACCGAGUUCAAGUUCUACAACUGCAGCGCCCACCAGCUCUGCCUGUCCUGCGUCACCAGCGCCUUCCGCUGCCACUGGUGCAAGUACCGGAACCUGUGCACGCAUGACCCCUCCAGCUGCUCCUUCCAAGAGGGCCGGAUCCAUGCCUCAGAGGACUGCCCCCAGCUGGUGCCCACAGCCGAAGUCCUGAUCCCCGUGGGGGAGGUGGAGCCUAUCACGCUCAAGGCCUGGAACCUCCCACAGCCCCAGUCGGGGCAGCGUGGCUACGAGUGUGUCCUCCGCAUCCAGGGCACCAUCCACCGCGUGCCCGCCCUACGCUUCAACAGCUCCAGUGUGCAGUGCCAGAACAGCUCGUACCAGUACGAGGGGAUGGAGCGCAGCAGUCUGGCCGUGGAUUUUGCUGUGGUGUGGAAUGGGAACUUCGUCAUCGACAACCCACAGGGCCUGAAGGUGCACCUGUACAAGUGUGCGGCCCAGCGGGACAGCUGUGGACUCUGCCUCAAGGCCGAGCGCAAGUUCGGGUGCGGCUGGUGCCGUGGCGAGCGCAGAUGCACCCUGCCCCAGCACUGCAGCGGCUCUGCCGGGCCCUGGCUCGACUGGUCCAGCCACAGCGUCAAGUGUUCCAACCCCCAGAUCACAGAGAUGCUGACAGUGUCAGGACCCCCAGAAGGAGGCACACGGGUGACCAUUCGUGGUGUGAACCUGGGCCUGAACUUCGCGGAUAUUGCGCAGUAUGUGCGGGUAGCCGGGGUGCCUUGCACACCCCUCCCUGAGGACUACAUCGUUGCUGAACAGAUUGUGUGUGAGAUGGGACCUGCCCCCAGGACUGCUACAGCAGGGCCAGCACAUCUGUGUGUGGGCGAAUGCAGACCUGAGUUUACAGCCAGAUCCCAACAGGAGUUCACCUUCGUGCACCCUGCUGUACAUUCGCUCAGCCCUAUCCGGGGCCCUGAGUCAGGGGGCACCAUGGUCACCCUCACUGGACACCACCUGGGAGCUGGGAGUCUCGUGGCUGUGCACUUGGGCAACCAGACCUGCGAGUUCUAUGGGAGGUCCAUGAAUGAGAUCAUGUGCCUGUCCCCGCCCUCGUCCAUCGGCCUGGGCCCGGUCCCUGUUUGGGUGAGUGUGGACAGGGCUCAUGUGGACAACGACCUGCAGUUUGAGUACAUCGAUGACCCUCGGGUGCAGCGUAUUGAGCCUGCCUGGAGUAUUGCCAGUGGCCACACGCCCCUGACCAUCACAGGCUUCAAUCUGGAUGUCAUCCAGGAGCCCAGAGUCCGAAUCAAGUUCAAUGGCAAAGAGUCUGUGAAUGUAUGCCGGACUGUGAAUACCACCACGCUCACUUGCCUGGCUCCGUCCCUCACCACUGACUACCGGCCUGGCCUGGAUACCGUGGAGCGGCCUGAGGAGUUUGGCUUCGUCUUCAACAAUGUGCGGUCCCUGCUCGUGUACAACGAUACCAAGUUCACCUACUACCCCAACCCCACCUUCGAGUUGCUCAGCCCCACUGGGAUCCUGGACCAGAAGCCUGGCUCCCCCAUCAUCCUGAAGGGCAAGAAUCUCUGCCCACCCACUUCGGGGGGUGCCAAGCUCAACUACACAGUGCUCGUGGGGGACACGCCAUGUGCUGUCACUGUGUCUGAGACGCAGCUGCUUUGUGAACCCCCGAACCUCACAGGGCAGCACAAGGUCAUGGUACUCGUGGGUGGCAUGGUCUUCUCACCUGGCCUGGUGAGUGUGGCGGCCGACAGCCUGCUCACCCUGCCUGCCAUCGUAAGCAUCGCAGCAGGUGGCAGCCUGCUCCUCGUCAUCGUCAUCAUCGUCCUGGUUGCCUACAAGCGCAAGUCCCGUGAGAACGAUCUCACACUCAAGCGUCUGCAAAUGCAGAUGGACAGUCUGGAGUCCCGUGUGGCACUGGAGUGCAAGGAGGCCUUUGCAGAGCUUCAGACGGACAUCAACGAGCUGACCAGUGACCUGGACCGUGCUGGUAUCCCCUACCUGGACUACCGCACCUAUGCCAUGCGUGUGCUGUUCCCGGGAAUCGAGGACCACCCGGUCCUGCGGGAGCUAGAGGUGCAGGGCCACGGGCAGCAGCAGGUGGAGCGGGCGCUGAAGCUGUUCGCGCAGCUGCUGCACAACAAGGUCUUCCUGCUGACCUUCAUCCGCACGCUGGAGGCGCAGCGCGGCUUUUCCAUGCGCGACCGCGGCACGGUGGCCUCGCUCAUCAUGACGGCGCUGCAGGCGCGCCUGGAGUACGCCACCGACGUGCUCAAGCAGCUUCUGUGCGACCUCAUCGCUAGGAACCUGGAGAACCGCAACCACCCCAAGCUGCUGCUGCGGAGGACGGAGUCUGUGGCUGAGAAGAUGCUCACCAACUGGUUCGCUUUCCUCCUGCACAAGUUUCUGAAGGAGUGUGCCGGGGAGCCCCUGUUCAUGCUCUACUGCGCCAUCAAGCAGCAGAUGGAAAAGGGCCCAAUCGACGCGGUGACGGGUGAAGCACGCUACUCUCUGAGUGAGGACAAGCUCAUCCGGCAGCAGAUCGACUACAAGACGCUGAUCCUGAAUUGCGUGAACCCUGACAAUGAAAACAGCCCGGAGAUCCCUGUGAAAGUGCUCAACUGUGACACCAUCACGCAGGCCAAGGAGAAGAUCCUGGACGCUGUGUACAAGAACGUACCCUACUCCCAGAGGCCCCGUGCCACCGACAUGGACCUGGAGUGGCGCCAGGGCCGCAUCGCUCGGGUGGUGCUGCAGGAUGAGGACAUCACCACCAAAAUCGAGGGAGACUGGAAGCGGCUCAACACACUGGUACACUACCAGGUAUCGGACAGGUCGAUAGUGGCCCUGGUGCCCAAGCAAACAUCCUCCUACAACAUCCCAGCCUCAGCCAGCAUCUCCCGCUCCUCCAUCAGCAGAUAUGACUCGUCCCUCAGGUACACAGGCAGCCCCGACAGCCUGCGGUCACGCACGCCCAUGAUCACACCCGACCUGGACAGUGGCGCCAAGGUGUGGCAUCUGGUGCGGAACCACGAGCACGGUGAACAGAAGGAGGGAGAACGUGGCGGCAAGAUGGUGUCUGAGGUCUACCUGACACGCCUGCUGGCCACAAAGGGAACACUGCAGAAGUUUGUGGAUGACCUCUUGGAGACGCUCUUCAGCACUGUUCACCGUGGGAGCGCACUGCCCCUAGCCAUCAAGUACAUGUUUGACUUUCUGGAUGAGCAGGCGGACAGACAUGGCAUCCACGACACAGAUGUGCGUCAUACGUGGAAGAGCAACUGCUUGCCGCUGCGCUUCUGGGUGAAUGUAAUCAAGAACCCGCAGUUCGUGUUCGACAUCCACAAGGGCAGCAUCACGGAUGCCUGCCUGUCAGUGGUGGCACAGACCUUCAUGGACUCCUGUUCCACAUCCGAGCACCGGCUGGGCAAGGACUCGCCAUCCAAUAAACUGCUCUAUGCCAAGGACAUUCCCAGCUACAAGAGCUGGGUGGAGAGGUACUAUGCAGAUAUCACCAAACUGCCAGCCAUCAGUGACCAGGACAUGAAUGCGUACCUGGCUGAGCAGUCCCGCCUGCACGCAGGUGACUUCAGCAUGCUGAGUGCCCUCAGUGAGAUGUACUCGUAUGUGAGCAAGUACAGCGAGGAGCUCAUGGGGGCCCUGGAGCAGGAUGAGCAGGCAAGGCGGCAGCGUCUGGCCUACAAGGUAGAGCAGCUCAUCAGCGCCAUGUCUUUUGAGAGCUGAUACAGGCCUAUUUCACAAAGGACCACACCAGGUCACCCAGGAAGGAUGGGGCCUGCGGGGACUUCGGAGAGGGGAUGCCCCUAAUCGCUGCAGACACCUGCCAGAAUCAGCAGGGCCAGAGGCACAAGUGGAGAGGUGGGCAUGGCCAGCUUGGCCCCUUUGCAUGGAAACUCCUGAUGUAUCUGGGGAAAUGAAACUUGAACAGUUUUAAGAAAAGGGGAAAUCCAGAAAUAAAGCCUCAGAAAUGCCUCCCUGUGCCUGUGCCGAGCUUGCUUCAUGUGAGCCCUGAUCCUGGCCUCUGCCCUCGCUCCCCUGCCUUGGGCUCUCAGAACAUGGCCAAAAGGGAUAGAAGGAGGCAGCCCAGCCCAGCAGGAAGCAGGCACAGGGCCCCACAGACACUGCAGAAGCCACUGCAGGACGAAGUCAAACCCGUUUACAACGAGCAAUACUUGAAGAAUGAUCGAGAUUGUGGACACCUGUGGGCAUUUGCCCUAUCCUCGCUGCCUGCCUGCAGCUCCUCCAGCCACACCUCAAACCCAGGACCAUCUCCUGCGUGCAGCUUCUGAACCAGAGACCAAAGCUCCACCAACCUGUGGCCUCCUACCACCCAGGAAGGCGCUGGGGACCCCUGCCCCCAAGAAGACAACCUGCAUGUGGCAGGCUGGGGCUAGCCACCCCCUUUCUAGUCCCCAGGCCACUGCACUAGCCCCUAAAUCCAAUGCCAAAGGCCCUGCCCAGCUGGAGCAGGACCAGGCAGGGUUCUGAGGGCAGCCAGGCCAAUACUCAGGAAUCUCUCCUCGCUUGCUCGCUUGCUCACCACAGCAGCCAUAUCAUGGGCUGAACACGCCUCCCCACAAGCCAAAGGGAUCGUUCUCUGAGCCCCGAGGGGGCAGAUGCCCUACACUUCCUUUGUCCCGCAGUGAGCUCUGAAGAAGCUCCAAG